CUCCUUCCUGUCGGCGCUACGCACUGCUGCCCGCCGGAGCUGGGCCGCCUGGGGCCGCUCGGCGGACAGCCCCGCGCACCCCCUGCGGCAUGAGGCUGCCGCCGGGCACGGCGAGGCGGUGGCGGGUAUCUGGUGUGACUGCCCUGUUCAACAUUCAGCUUUCCCAUACCGAAGACUAAGGACUGAGACCGUCACAGGCUCCUGCAGCUGGGCUCCUGCCAACAGUGCAAAUAACUGACCAGCUUGUUGGAAGAUGACAUUUAUUCCUGCUUGAAGCUGCUGUUCUGAAAAACAAACAGUAGAAGAAUGUGGAAGAAUUCAAGUGUCUGCUGCCUUUUAGCACUAGCUGUAUUAUGUUUAAGAAGCUUAAUAUAUAGUAAGGAGAUAGGUUCUCUGGAGCAACCCCGGAAUUUGAAAUGUGUAACACACAAUUUGCGUAAAAUGAUCUGUACUUGGGAUGUCUUGUCUGAAGGAAGACAUGGACAAACUGACUUUUGCUACACUACCAAUGACCUCCCUCCUUCUGUGUGUUUCGAAACUAAGGAGAAAAGGGUUGAGAUUCCAGUCCCAGAUAGCUCCAGCACUGUGACAAUAACUACAAACAGCAAUUCUGGAAUUCCUUUUGCUACCAAAGAAUUUGAAAUUCACAAGAAGGAUAUCUUGUUUGUUCCUCUUACUCCACGCAUCCUUAGUUUGACACCUGACUUUUCAACUUCCACCUUAAAUCUGAAGUGGAGCGAUAAUGGAUUAAUCUUCCCAUAUGGACUGGAUGCCUUUUGGCAGAUUCAGGUACUCCGUAAAGAAGCAACAGAAAAAGUCACACAAGUAACUUACUACUCGAAACUGACUCAUGAAGACGUCAUUCUGUCUUGGAACUGGACAUCAGAUAUGCCUCUGGAGUGUACAUCGCACUAUGUGAAGAUUCGCUGUUACAUUAAUGUAACACAGUUUGCUGGCCCCAAGGACUGGAGUGAAUGGAGCCCAGUAGGAGAGGUCCCUGGAAAAGAUACCGAGCCCAACGGGAGUGGGGUCUUUCCUCAGGACAUUGUGGUGGCAGUAGGUUCAGAUUUGACAAUUUGUUGUGUCCAUGAAGAAGGACAGCAGAUAAAACAGAUGACUUAUGGACCAGAAAUAUAUCCAAUGAUACCUCUGAGUAGCCGGAGCAGUGCAAUCAGAGUGCUGAAUGCCAGUGCUUCAGAUGCCAGUGGAACAAAUGCAGUGUGCACACUGUCCGAAGAUGGGACUGAUGGAGCUGUCUUAUUUGUAGGAUAUGCCCCUGACAUUCCUGAAAACCUCAGCUGUGAAACAUCCAACUUCCUGAUAAUAAAAUGCACCUGGAAACCAGGCAGACCCAGUGGACUGUACGGAAAACGACGUACUAAGUACAGUUUAUUUGAAAGAAUAUCUGGUAAAAACGUUUCAUGCAAAGUCAAUGAAAUGAACAGAGAGCGUGUCUGUGGCUUUCCAGUACUGGCUGAUCAAAAAAACUAUGAUUUCAUAUUAGGCGUCUCCAAUCCUAUCGGGCGAACAGAGUCAUCACUUUUAGUUGAUUUAACUCAAAGAGUUCAUCCAAAGACUCCAGAAAAGUUAACUGUUUCUGGGAGAAGCUCGACAAGUGUCCGUCUGCACUGGUUUAUAAAUGGCAGCUUUGCUGAGAUCAGGCUUCUGUGUCAAAUAGAAAUUAGCACUGGUCACUCUGAGCGAAAACUGCACAAUGUCUCCAUGCCUGGUGGAAAAUUCUCGACUUACACAGCUGAGCUGAAUUCAUUGCAUCCAUAUACAAAAUACCAGUUCAGGGUGCGCUGUUCGGCUGCUAACCACUUUUGGAAGUGGAGUGACUGGAGCAGGGUAGAGGAGCACACAACAUUAGAAGCUCCUCCUACAAGAGGACCAGAUAUCUGGAGAGAGAGAAGUCCUUCUGGAAAAAGUCUAAAAAUCUUCUGGAAGCCUUUAUCCCUUUCUGAAGCCAAUGGAAAAAUCGUGUCUCAUGAAGUGUCCUGCUACCUGCUAGAGACACCAUUGGAGCAUAAAGAAGUCACUGAACCAUCAAACAGUACAGAGAUAAAACUUGGAAAAAACGACUGUGUUAUUAACGUUGUAGCCAAAAACCAUGCAGGCUCAUCUCCUCCUUCAAGAAUAACAAGUGUGGAACUUCCAAGCGACAAUGUCAAAACAGAUCGGGCAGUGGCAAUGGGGAAUGGAAUUUAUAUUUCUUGGAGUUCUUACCCUAACAUGACCUGUGGCUAUAUUGUAAAAUGGUGUCAUUCAUCUGGGUCUGAACCCUGUACUGUGGACUGGCAGAAAUUUCCUUCAAAUACAACAGAUGCAGUGAUAAAGUCUGCUCUGUUUAGGCCUGGCGUGAGGUACAACUUUUUGCUAUAUGGCUGCAAACCCAGUGGAUAUCAGUUAUUGAAAAACAUAACAGGGUAUAUGAAAGAGCUGCCGCCAAAACGUGCACCAAAUUUUACUGUAGAAGAAACUUCUUCAGAUUCUAUAUUGGUAAAAUGGGAAGACAUUCCUAUUGAAGAUUGUCAGGGGUUUUUAGAGGGAUAUCGGCUUUCCUUUGCAAAAGGUGAAAAAGAUGCUUUAAAGCCUAGGCUUUUGGAAUCAGGAAAUCCAGAACUUAAAGUUAAGAAUAUUACUGACCUGACAAAGAAGUCCUUGAAAAUACUUGAUCUUCAAGGCAAAACGAGUUACCAACUGGACCUACAAGCCUACACUGCUGGUGGAUUGAGCCCUCCAAAUAGCCUCUAUGUGGUGACAAAGGAGGACUCUGUAGGAUUAAUCAUUGCAAUUCUCAUCCCUGUGGCAGUGGUUGUGCUGCUUGGAGUGGUGGCCAGCAUCUUCUGCUACCAAAAGAGGGAAUGGAUUAAGGAAACAUUUUAUCCAGAGAUCCCCAAUCCUGAGAACAGUAAGGCACUGCAGUUUCAGAAGAACACCUGUGAGGGGAAUAAGACACUUAAAACACUGGAAAUGAACCCAUGCACCCCCAAUAGUGUUGAAGUGGUGGAAACACAAUCUGCAGCUCCCAAGAUUGAAGACACAGAGAUGAUUUCCCCAGCAGCAGACACUAUUGUCCCUGAAGAUGGCUCUGACUCCGAAACAGAGAACCACGUGGUUGUGUCCUAUUGCCCCCCAAUCAUUGAAGAGGAGAUCUCAAAUCCCCCUAUGGAUGAACCUGUGGGGUCGUCUCAGGUGGUUUACAUUGACAUUCAGUCAAUGUAUCAGCCUCAAAUUAAACCAGAAGAAGACCCAGAAAUAAACUUAGUGACUACAGCAGGCUAUAAGCCACAAAUGCAGCUGCCGAUCAGUGCUCUGAAAACAGAGAGUCGCCCACCUGCAGAGGAAGAAUUGGAUAAAACUGCAGGUUACAGACCUCAAGCAAACACAAAUGCCUGGAACAUGGACACUCCAGACUCUCCUGGAUCAGUUGAAAGCAACAAUGAAAAUGCAUCUUUUGGGAGCCCGUGCUCCAUCAAUUCCCGUCAGUUUCUCCUUCCCCCAAAAGAUGAUGAAGACUCUCCGAAACCCAGUAACACAGGGUGGUCCUUUACACACUUUUUUCAGAACAAACCAAAUGAUUAACAGUGAGUCCUUGUUGCACCUGCCUUCUAAAUAAGCUCUUAUUCCUGUUGUUGUGAAGAUAGGAAGAAGAAAAGUGCAAAAGGCAUGAACUAUUCUUGGAGACAGUCAGCAGAGGUUCUAGUGAGCUGAAUGUUACCAUGUUUAAGUUAGUGAAAGUGUUAAUGUUCCAUUUUCGUAGAGGCCGAGAGGCCAAAGUUAUAGCAAUUUAGUUAUUACUCUAGUAAAAUAUAUCAGAUAUAAGGGGUAUUGAGUUUAGAGCUCCUGUUAAUUGUAGUCAAAGAACUCUGCCUAGCUUCACACAGCGCUCCAAGAUUAACAUGGUCUCAUGCAACUUAAAACUUGGAAAGAUUGCUUUGCUUUGUUGUAGUUGUUCUAAACUGUGCAUAAUCAAAUGAUGCAGCCCAAACAGGUUUCCUUACUGAAGGCUUCAUUUAUCAUAAACCUCAGCCUAACACAUGGAAACAAUGUGGUUGGAAACUUGAAAUCUUUUACCUAGUUAUAAACUAAGAACAAAUGAGAGUGCUAUGUUUUUUUCUUUUCCCAUAUGGAAGGGUAUUGUCACUGUUUAACACUUCUGAAGCAAUGGUCAUUCAAAUCUGUUGCUUUUUAACUAGACACUAGUUUCUGUACCUACUGUACAAUGUUUAUUCAAUGUUUGACUCAGGGGUACAAACUUGGGGAAAAAAGUGUAACACUGUUUUAAACCUCAACAAGAACUGCAUAGUUUAAUUUUUUUUAAUUUUUUUUUAAUGUAGAAUGCUCUAUUUUUUUUCUAUCUUUUGGUUAAGGAGUUAAUCUUUCCUAACGUAUUGCACUAAUGCAUUUUGUAUUUCAUAGUUUCAGCUCCAGAACUGCUUCAGAGUGGUACAAUACUCCAUUUGCCCCUAAUGUUUUGCAGUCUUUGCACUAUACAGUACGUGUAAGUCAUGGGGAAAUCUCUACUAACAUUAACUGUCCAAGCAGUUUGGCACACAAAAUUAGAGGUAGUAGUACUAACUUCCUGAGAACAAGUUGUUCUUUGGAUGGUCUUCAUUGUAUUAGUUUUGCCACCUGCUGCCUGGCUGCUCUCCAGUGUCUGUCCAACAGGACCUUCUCUACAAAUCCCACCUGGCAGUACAAGGUGGGAUUUCUCUAGUCGCCAAACCCAAGGAGGUUUUAGUGCCACUAGUUCUACCUCUCCUUUAUGAGACACGUGAUGCAAACAACGCUUUAAUUACACACAAUUCUUUGUUUCAAGGGGUGUUCAGAACAAUCAUCUUUGAAAAUGCUUGUUUUCACAUUUGCAUCCAUAGGCAGCUGUAAUCGUAACAUUUCACUGCGUAAACUGCAGACUGUGGCACACAAGAUUCACUGUCUUACAGGAAAGUGCUUUCUAAUUUACUGUCCCUUACUGUAAAACACAGCGGUGAGAGCUCAGAUGUUAAAGAGCUUGAUCAAAAGGGGUCUCCAUAAAGACCUAACCAAGUAUUUUUUGUUUUUUUUAGAUGUCAGUUCCGUCAGCUACUUUGUGUUGAUUGAAUAAAUAAGAUAGGGAAGUAGUUUUCUAGACAAGAUCCCAAAACAGAUAAGGAGACUUAUCUGGCUAAGUUGCUAGUUAUGAGGGUGUGGGAGCAGACCAGGAGGAUAGCUAGCUUGGCGGACAAUUGCUUUUCAGACCAUGUGAUCUGGAGAGUAAAGCCAAGCUUUAGGUUAAACCUAAUCACAGCAAUGGACGGUACAGUUUCAGAUGUUGGUAUGUCUCUGCCUUCUCCAUACAGUGACAAUACAGGGGGAUUCUAAAACUGACAAAAAGGCAAAACACUAAACAGCAUCCAAGUAAAGUAACAACUGCAUGAGUGAACUGUGAAGACAGUAAAAAUAGAUCUUUCUGUACACCUGCCAGAGUGUGGGGUGUGUCUGAAAGAACUCAAAGUGCAAGUAGGAUUCUGCUUUUGAAGUUGAAUCUUCGCAUUAGCAGGACUGCAAUUGAAAAGACAGAUUGGCAUUGCAAAUAGCUGGUCAACUAUCGCUAGACAUCACCACAAGAGAAAGUUUCAUGCCUAAUGUAUUACUGCGUAUUACUCAGAACACUAAAUUAAUACAUAAAAGAAAGCAGAUCUGCCCUUUGUGCUUGAUAGCUGAGAGGUAGCUAAAUCCUAAUAGUAACGAUCGUUUCUCACAAUAUCUCUUUUGACAUGGAUUUCUUUUUGCUAGUGCAGAUUUAGCUUAAUGUGUUGAUCUUCUAAGAUGAAUUUUAGGUUGUGUUGCCAUAUGUUUUUAAUCGAAAGCAGGAGUUGUCAUGGACAGCGUGUCAGGGUGGUGGUUUGGGUUUGUUAUGGAGCAGUUUCUCAAUGCAGAAGAGUGAUCAGUGUUGUAUGAUGAACCAAAGAAAGAUAAAACCUUCUGCAGCGGAACAGCUGAUCAUGAGGAGUGACUGUGCUUUCAUAUGGCUCUGUAUUGUAAGAAACAAAGCCAGACUGAAGUUUGGAAGAACUAGCAAUUUUUAAUUUGGCAGACUGGAAGCUCGGGCAGCUGCAGAGAGCACACAGAGCUUGCAGGGAGCAGCCUACCACCCUUCACAAUGCUCCCAUGCUAAAUCACUUAAACACAAGCAUCGC